UUCAGCAAAGGGUCCCAACGGUCGAAUUUGUUGCAAACAUGAUAUCAUAAUACUAUGAUGCUUCAAACGUUACAGAAAUAUAUAGAAACCACACAAUACAGCUUAAUUUGUUCAUUCUAAGCUUUUACUCUCACAUUCUUGAUUCUUUCAACCAUUACCAUUAUUAUAUUCACACAAUUCUUUUCACUAUCUUUUCCUUUCAAUUUCCCAUUUCUAAUUCUCUCCUUUUGUAACUUUUCAGAUGGAACCAGAAAAUAUUGAUUGGGACAACAUCGAUUCAACCUUCAUUCAAGAUGAUACUUACGAGAACUUCGACGCGCCGAAAUGGGUUGAUCUCUCUGCAGCUUCCAAUGAGCCUCUUGUUGAUGAAGAUGAUCAAGAAAUCUGGUUUUGCACUCAUGAUUGCAAACAUCCCAAAAUUUCUCAAGAUCUUCUUAAACCCACAACUACAACCACGACCAAUUCCAAGGUAAAGCUAUUAAGAUUGGCAAGCUUUUCUGAAAUUCUUCCAUUUAAGGACAGAAAUCCAAGGGAAAAUCCUUCAGCUGUUAAGGAUUGUGACAAGCCUAAAAGACCCAAUUGUUCAAGAAACAUGGAUGAAGACAAUGAGAAUACAAAUCCAAACUUUACUGUAACAAAUUUGGUUGGUGGGACCAACAAGCUAAAGAAGCCGUUGUUGAGGUCAAAGUCAAACACUAAAAGAGACAAUUUGAAAGAGUUGAAUGAUUUAAAAGAAUGUCCUGUAAGAAGUAACAGAAGAUCAAAACUAAAGAGUACAUUUUCAGCUCAAAAUUUAUUGGGUGGCAGGGAAAUUCUGAGUCAAAUCACAGGGUUUUGCUCUGAAUUGAAGAGGCUAGCAACAAGGAAGGGUUCUACUAAGAAAGGAGUGGGGAAUGAGAAGGGCUCAAAUUCAAAUGGGGUGUUAGAAGAGUUGAAGGAAAAGAGUAAGGGACGCAAGGAAAGGAUACCCUUGCUUGUUGUCAAGGAAGGGACACACCUUGAGUAAUGGAACAUUAUUUAUUUUUUUGACUAAAUGGAACAUUAUUAUUGUCGUCAAAUAAUAGUGAUUCGGUUAGACUGUAUUUUGUUACAGAUAAUAGUGCUGUAGCCUGUAGUGAAAUAUUGGUAUAUGUCUAAAUUGAAUUUCUCAUAGUUCUGGUCCAGAACAAUUUGGACUAGGUUUUUCUUCAAAUUGACAAAGGUAUUAAAUGGGUUUAUCACUCGUUUGUUUCGUUA